UUCAUCACUCUCACUCACAAUUCAAGAUUCAAGAUCACUCUUUUUUUUUUUUUUGCUUCACAAUGCAUAAGGUUCUACAAACUGUAGUUAAUCUGUUCAAGAGGAAGAAUGAUGAUCUCAUUGCAUUCGAUGAAGACCCUUACACGAGAUCGAUCAAUCUCGAACGACAUUGUUUUGGAGAAUUUUCUAUGGCUAAUGCUCAAGCCAAUACAAUUAUGGAAGAUCAAAGCCAAGUUGAAGUUGCCUCUCACAAUGCACUCUAUCUUGGAGUUUACGAUGGCCAUGGUGGCGUCGAAGCAUCGCUCUAUGUUCUUAAUAACCUCUUCAACAAUCUAUUGAGGUUUGCUCAUGACAAUGAUAACGCUAUAGCUGAGGCGACUUUGCGGGAAGCAGUUGCGGAUACCGAACGUAGAUUUUUUGAUUAUGUGCUAAAUAAUAUUGUUCAAAUUCGGACGAUCGGAAAAGUUGGUACAUGCUGUCUUGCUGGGGUUUUGUGGAAGGGUGUGCUGUAUAUCGCAAAUCUUGGAGAUUCGCGUGCUGUAAUAGGUUCCGUGGUUAACAGAAGAGUCAGUGCUGUACAAUUGACAACAGAUCACAACUGUAAUGAUCCGGUUAUUCGAGAAGAACUCGUCUCAUUGCAUCCCGGUGAUGAUACCAUUGUGAUGGAGAAGAACGGGUGGCGCGUCAAAGGCAUCAUUAUGGUUAGUAGAAGUAUUGGUGAUACAUAUUUGAAGAGGCCUCCAUUUUUGUUGCCGGCUUCCUUCCCGUCGUACGAGAAAGUUCCUGAUCCUUUUGAGAGAGGGGUGGUAUCUGCAGAACCAGAGAUGCUUACUAGAGUUAUAGAAGAAACUGAUAAGUUUCUUAUAUUUGCUUCUGAUGGACUCUGGGAGCUCAUGUCAAAUGAUCAAGCAGUUCAAAUUGUUCAUAAGAAUCCAAGAAAUGGAAUUGCGAAGAGGCUUGUGACUACUGCUCUAGUGGAAGCUGCUAGAAGAAGGAAUGUUAAAUAUAGGGCCAUGAUGACUACGACUCCAGGAAAGGAACCUAAUGUUGGCAGGAGGACUUUUCACGACGAUAUAAGUGUGAUCGUCGUGUUUUUGGACAACAAGACGCCGCUUAUCAAGAAGCACGUACAUGAUCUUUCCUACAGAGGCUCAACUGAUGGGAGUCAACCAUCGGGCUUUGCACUGUCUGCAUUAACUGUUGCGGAAUCUCACUCAUUUACGGGGGAUCUUAAGAAAAGUUUCAAAAAACGGUUUAAGGGAUCAACCUCAAAGGGUCAGAGCUCUAGGUCUGCUGAGGGUCUGCACCUGCUUCUUGAUAUGGAAGGGGACUCUGGGGAUCAGACUGAGAGCUCUAAGGGAAAAAACCCUUGGGACCCUGUGAGAAAGCAUCUGAAAUGGAAGAAGCAUUAAACCGAAGAAUGUGAAAACUGUUUAGAGAUCUGUUAACUCUACUGGUUGAGUGAUUUUUUUCCUUUUACUGCAUCAAAUUGGAUUGUAGAAGUUUCAAUUUUCUGUGAUACAUUGAUUUUUCCUCAGUUUUUUAGGCAUCAUACAAAUUUUAAUAAGUGUCCUGGAGUUUAUGUGACACAAGGAUUAUGCUUGGAACUAUAUACAUAGAAAAUAAAAUUGUAUGAUUCAGUCUAGUUUUUGAAAUAAAAGUUAGAAAAUG